CUGCAUUCGAAUGAAGCGUAAUCAAAACAAUCAACCACAAAGGUACCAAGCUUUGGCUACCAUUCACGCAUACAACCUACAGAGUAAGCGUGGCAGGAGAGUAAAGCAUCGAGGCCAGGAUGACAAGCCCAAGCGACGCAGUUCCGCAGCUGGUUGGCGAUGAAUCCAACGUUAGAAACACACCCGCGCAAAGGAAAUCAAGACAACGUCCAAACAAGCCAAUCUCAGCUGAGCGGCGUAUGCAAAAUUGCAGAGCCCAGAGGGCUUAUCGCCAACGAAAACGAGAUAAAUUGAAAGAGCUAGAAGCUAAGGUUGCCUCCUUGGAGCCCGGGUAUAAACCUGGGCCAGUUCCCAACAGGACUGCAGUGACGCCUCCAGCAACUGCGGAUCCCUUGCGAAUACAAGGUUCGCCGUCUUUGCAGACACAUGUUACAUCAACCACUAUUGAUUCAUCUGAGUCUUACAGCCUGAACGCUUGGGACUACAAUACCAACGUUUGGCUAGAUGAUCCAACAUCAACUUCACUCAGUAUUGACAUGAUAAAUUUACCUCAGAUCAGUUCCAAUGAGGGCCAGUUAACAGCCUCAGAGAAUAAUCCAACAGAAAGCUUCUCUGAUUUGCUCCAUAAUACUGAUACAAGAGAGCUGUCGAGCAUGGCCACACUGGACGCACCAACAUCAACUACGACUGGGUUAUCCGAUAAUACCGCUACUGCAACUUCAUCAUCUUCUCUCCUCUCUAUCAAUACAUCAGCAUCUAUGUAUUCAGCAUCAAGGUCACUUACUCGCAAAGACAUACACAUCCAUCGGCCCAGUGGUAAAGCGCUUCUCAGAAAGCCACAGCUCAUCCGCAAGUGGUUUCAAUCUCUUCCCCAAUCUACGCGACGUCUCCUCGCCCAGCUGGCGAAAGACGGCGACUUCAGUUUCGUAGAUAUGAUAUCAUCUCUACUACUGGCCGAGACGAGCUCAAACAACAUUGAAGUCCACCUUUUCGAAGGCAGUGACCCGGAGAAGACAGAAUCACAGCUGUCGGAGUUGAGAUUCGCCAUAUCGCCCGCGACAUCUUACUCGCCCUAUCGCAACGCACUUCGUAUCGCGAGAUUCUCUUAUUUUGCAGCUCUAUUUACGAAUUUUAGCUCUCUUGGCUUUGACUUUGGCCUUUUUCUUGACGAGCGCAGUCUAUCUCCUUUCUGCGUCAACAGCGCAGCUGAGGGCGCCAACACCUCUACAGUGACAGAAGAUGAAAAUAUUCCUUUUAGUCUGCGCCCAAUUUCGUCCCAGUACACUAUAUCACAUCAUCCCUAUAUCGACGCAUUGCCAUUUCCCACCCUCCGGCGGCGUGCCUUGGCCGCUCUGGCGGCGGAUCCUCCUUUGUUGGACGAGGAUGAUCUCUGUCUGGAUCUAAUGUUGCAUGAUGGGCUUGUGUGCUGGGGAUCCGCCGGUCAGAAUGGUAUGGAUUAUGGCACACCAUGGGAUAGCCACAGCUGGGAAGCCAAAGAGUGGUUUUUGCGGAAAUGGAAAUGGCUUAUUGGGGGACAAGAUGGUGAACUAUGGCAUAGCUCACGGUGGUGGGCGGCACAACGGGGAGAGUACAUAUCUAUGCGAGACUAAGAAAUGAUGAAUACUUUACUCGAAAGCAAAAUGAGUAUAUACAUUUGAAUUAUUAAUGCGGAAUUAUCGGACUGAAGAUAUCGCUGUCAGGGCUGUUGGUGUUGUUGCUUACGCUUGCGCUGGUGAUAGCGUCAUCAUGUCUGGGUACAGCGAAUAGACGUGGAUUUAGAUAUAAAAAGGCCCUUCCAGUUGGAAUACCGAAAAAUGG